GGCGGGUUGGGGUCCGAGCCCAAGGUCCUGGGCACGGUGCACGGGAGGAUGGUGGGCUGCACCGGUGAGGUUUCGCCCUCGUGCCCAGUGGAGGCGGUCGCAGCACGGGAGACGCGAGGUGUGGCGGGGCCUACCCCGUGUUCCCCGGGACGGCCGCUCCGAGUCCCGCAGGGUCUGCCCUCGCCGAGGCCGACAGCGUCGGGUGAAUGUGGGCCCUCAGGGACUGGUUGGCCGGAUGGGCUAACGAAGGAAGACUGAACUAGGGGGAAACCCAAGGAAGCAGCGGAAGUGUCAUCAGCUCCAGCUUCAGGCGCGGGUCAGCAUAUAGAAUAUAAACCUCUUGAAAGCAUAUAGUAGAGCUAAAGAAGAAGACAAUCAACCAAGGGUCAUCUGUCUGAAAUUGUAAUUGGCUCACUAAUAAUCCCAGGACAAAGUUAGAGAUCACAACUCAAGCCUAAGCCUCCCUUUCCUAAGACUGCUACAGAGAUGUUUGAUAUAAAGGCUUGGGCUGAGUAUAUUGUGGAAUGGGCUGCAAAGGACCCAUAUGGCUUCCUUACAACAGUUAUUUUGGCCCUUACUCCAUUGUUUCUAGCAAGUGCUGUACUGUCCUGGAAAUUGGCCAAGAUGAUUGAGGCCAGGGAAAAGGAGCAAAAGAAAAAACACAAACGUCAAGAAAAUAUUGCAAAAGCUAAACGACUAAAAAAGGACUGAUGGAAUGAACAGGCUCUGCCACUAUAGGAAACUUACUUGGGAAAUUAUGCAGCUAUGCAAGGACCCUCUAAGAUUUCUUUUCUGGAUUUAUGACUACUAGUAAACAAAGUGGGAGCAUAUGGAAGAUGCAUGUUCUGACCUCUGCUAUAGCAGCUUUUAAGCUUCGAUAUAGAAGUCUGUUGACAGUUUCUGUAAAUUGGCAUUUAUUAUACUACACAUUCUUUAUGACUAACUUAGUCAUUUGCCAUUUUGCAGCUUAUGUCCUGAAACGUAAACAUCCUGUGGGGGAAAAAUGACUUUAGAUUAUGAACUCUUCACAUACUGGCUCAAAAUGGGGUCCUGUUCUGGAUGAAGGAAACAAAGAAUGUAAAAAUGAGACUUGUUCAGAGGUGAACAGUGUGCUUUGGCUCAAAAGAGAUCCAGUAUAUUAAUUACAUCUUUUAUCCUUAUUGCUUAUUUCUUAGAAUCAUUCUAGCUUUCUCAAAGCAAAAUAUUAUCAAUGAGUACUUCAGUUUUCUGCAUUUUUCUCAUUUUUGCCUUUGAGAUACUGGUAAUCAGAUAUCUUGCCUUUUUAAAAUCAAAUUUUAUAAAGAAUUAUCUUACUAUUUUGUCUAUAUAGAAUACCACCUACUGGAUAUAACAAUUUUUAUACUUACAAACACUGCCAUUUACUUAGAGAUGACUUGUUGAAUAGAGUAACACUGAUAUAAAGCUUGCAAUAAAAAUUCCAAACCUUA